GUGUAUGAUGUAAUGAUUGUAUUCUAUCAUAGUUUCACUUUUAUUACAAUUUGUUACAAUUCGGUACCGGGUUAUCACUAAUUUAUCGGAAAUCUACAUUUUACAUUUUUUAAAUUUGACUAUUUAAUUUCAAGCGAUAGACUUGGUCGGGUGUCACGCAACAUGUCAACUGCCGGUAAAGUGAUUAAGUGCAAGGCCGCAGUAGCCUGGGAGGCUGGAAAACCUCUUUCAAUUGAGGAGAUCGAAGUAGACCCGCCCAAAGCUGGAGAAGUACGUGUAAAAAUUCUAGCAACCGGCGUCUGUCACACCGACGCGUACACUUUAUCUGGAAAAGACCCAGAAGGCGUGUUCCCCGUAAUUUUGGGUCACGAAGGUGGUGGUAUCGUUGAAAGUGUCGGGGAAGGCGUUACGACUGUGAAACCAGGUGACCAUGUCUUACCGUUGUACGUGCCCCAGUGCAAAACUUGCAAAUUUUGUCUCAACCCAAAAACUAACCUAUGUCAGAAAGUACGAGUCACCCAAGGUCAGGGUGUCAUGCCCGACGGCACGAAAAGAUUCCACUGCCAAGGAAAAGACUUAUUCCACUUCAUGGGAUGUUCGACAUUCAGUCAAUACACGGUUGUUCUAGAAAUUUCGUUGUGCAAAAUUAACGAUGUCGCUCCGUUGGACAAAGUCUGCCUUCUCGGUUGCGGUGUUACUACAGGAUAUGGUGCUGCCUUAAACACAGCUAAAGUCGAAGCUGGUUCAAAUUGUGCAAUCUUCGGUCUUGGUGCCGUUGGUUUGGCUGUUGCCCUGGGAUGUAAAGUAGCUGGAGCUAAACGUAUUAUUGGAGUAGACAUCAACCCUGAUAAAUUUGAAGUUGCUAAGAAGUUUGGUGUCAAUGAGUUUGUUAACCCAAAGGAUUAUGACAAACCUAUCCAGCAAGUACUCGUUGACCUGACUGAUGGUGGUUUAGAUUACACAUUCGAAUGUAUAGGUAAUGUAAACACCAUGCGGGCCGCUUUGGAAGCCUGUCAUAAGGGUUGGGGUCAGUCGGUGAUUAUUGGAGUAGCGGCAGCAGGAGAGGAAAUCAGUACCCGGCCGUUCCAGCUUGUGACGGGCCGUGUCUGGAAGGGCACUGCUUUCGGGGGUUACAAGAGCCGUGACAAUGUUCCCAAGUUGGUCGAAGACUACCUCAACAAGAAACUGCCAUUAGAUGACUUUGUCACUCACAAAGUGCCUCUGAAUGAAAUCAAUGAAGCCUUCCAUUUGAUGCACGUUGGCAAGUCUAUCCGUGCUGUUGUCGAGUUCUAAACAGAUCAACUAUAAUACCCUCAAGAAUUACUCCUUUAUAAAAACAUUAAACUAAAUUUAUAUAUUUUAAAUACAAACAACUGAAGUAUUCGUAUGAUUUAUUUUUGUAAUUUAACUGAAGUAUUGUUCAGUUACUACCUCUACUUAUAAAAGUAUAUAAUAUAUUUUAAAUAUGUCCAACUGAAAUAUUGUCAAGCAAUUUUCUCUAUUUAUAAAGCAUUUAACUACAGUAAAACUGUAUUCCUGUUAUCCAUAAAUGGUUUUUUUUUUUUUGUAAAAAUACAAAAUAAAUAUUUUUCACAA